AUGUACUCAAGCCUAGUCCGGCAACCACACCUUGCCGGACCGCCGCCGACAAUUACCUCCGGUCCGGUCGAGCUUCAACAUCUCAAAAGACCAAACACCACAUCCUGUUCAAGCAGUCGGCGCACAAAACUAUCAGUUACCAGCAACUUAUCUCUAAGUCUCCAAGCAUCCGCCAACGUGGAGUCAACCGGCCGGAUUUCAAGGUGGUCCCUACAGGGCAUGACGGCUCUAGUCACCGGCGGCACCAGAGGCAUCGGGCAUGCGAUUGUGGAGGAAUUGGCUGUGUUUGGGGCCACUGUGCAUACCUGUUCCCGCAAUGAGGCUGAGCUCGCUAGAUGCUUGAAGGAAUGGGAAGGUGAAGAAGAGUUUUCUCGGGUCACUGGUUCAGUGUGUGAUGUUUCUUCUCGAGCUGAUCGGGAGAAGUUGAUGGAUGCUGCUUCUUCUGUCUUUGGUGGAAAGCUUAACAUUCUUGUAAACAAUGUUGGUAAAAACAUCCGGAAACCAAGUACCGAAUUCACUGCUGAGGAAUUUUCUGAUCUGGUUGGGACCAAUUUGGAAUCUGUUUUCCACUUGUGCCAGCUGGCCCAUCCGCUUCUGAAAGCAUCUGGAUCAGGAAGCAUUGUGUUUACAUCUUCCGUCUCAGGUUUUGUUUCAUUGAAGUCCAUGUCUCUACAAGGAGCGACUAAAGCCGCUAUUAAUCAACUGACCAGAAGUUUGGCAUGUGAGUGGGCGAAGGACAACAUCAGGUGCAAUGCAGUUGCACCUUGGUAUAUCAAGACAUCAAUGGUGGAACAAGUGCUGAGUAACAGUAAAUAUCUUGAAGAGGUUUAUGAUCGAACUCCACUUCGGCGUCUUGGAGAUCCUAGUGAAGUAUCAUCUGUUGUUGCAUUCCUAUGUCUACCAGCAUCAUCUUACAUUACGGGUCAGAUAAUACGUGUAGAUGGAGGGAUGUCAGUGAAUGGUUUCUCUCCGAAUCACCAAUGA